CCCGUACGGACUCAGGAGAGGUGAAGGUCUAAAGCCAUGCUUCCUCCGAAACACGACCCUGCCAUGCCACACUGCUUCUUGACACACUGCUCGCUUAACCGUACACCGUACAACUGGCCACCGCGUCAGCACCCGGCCAACCACAGGAGUCGCUAGAGCAUGAUGGGACAAGGACAUCCUCUAGUAUUUACUUGUUGAUGGCUACUUCCCAGUAAGGGGACUUAUACAGACGUCUUUUGGACGUCUUCUUUUGGUCCUGACUGGACCCGCCUUAUUUGUUUGGUGCGGUCCGGACUGGCUUUAAUAUCAUUGUCCAUGGACUGGAUUCUAAAAACACUGCUACGAAAAAGUCGUAGUUGUAUCGAAAUGGCGUGUUUUAGGGAAUCUCAUCCCCACACGUUGAUUUCUGGACAUCCAUGUUUGGUUCAGAUUUGGUACGAUCCAGACUGGCAUUGAUUUGGCCCAAACAUGGACAUAUACUGUAUGUUUGGUUUAGAUUUGGUCGGGUCCCCGUUCCAUGUAAUUGAUCUAUUCCAGAGCUAGCACACCUGAUUAAAUUUGUCAACACAUCCUCAAGCUCCUGAAUCUCAGCUAGCUGUUGUAAGAUGAAUGCACUAACUGUAAGAAUAUCUGAUAAAUUACUCAAAUGUUAACAUAGAGCACAACAGAGUACAGCACAUAACAGUACAGUAAAAAAAGUAGAGAAAUUAUUUUCAAAAUUCAUUCAGAACAGAAAAUUAACCUGAUUCCAAUGUCCGGAAAAUAAUCACUGUCAACGUCGGGAAAAUACGUACUUUCAACGUCCAGAAAAUACAUACUUUCAACAUCCGUAAAAUACGUAUUUUAAACUUCACCUUUCAUUCAGAACCUAGAAUGAACCUAACUUCAACAUCUGGAAAAUAUGUAAUUUUGCUUACUGGGUUAAGACUUUUGGGAACACACUGAAAAGUAUCUUGACACUGUUGAUCAGUUGUCUGUUUCCUGUGUUGAUCUAACUAAUUAGCUAGCUAGCAUAUGUACACUCACAUCAAUGUAGAGAAAAUAUUUAAAUCCAUGUAUUUGUUUGUGGCCUUUUAUAAAGACAGCGCCCCAAUUUUCCCUUGCCAUAAGAGUUUGAAAAUGACAACUGCUUUCUAAGUCUUGCGACCGACAUCCCCAUAUGAUAAAAUAAACGGUACCAAACCAAAAACAUGAAUCUGUUUAAAACAAUCGAUUUAGUGUAAAUCUUGAUGACUAUAAACUUUUAAUAUUAACAUCACCAAUCUGAGGUAAAAACGAUGAGUACUGUAACUUGUGAAAAUGGGAGCUUGUGUAAGGCACGAACACAAACUGUCGACAUUAGGGAAAUUAGCAGAUUAUAAAAUAAUUUAAUAUGGCAAAAAUAAUUCAGUUUUGGAUGAUAGUUAAUGUUGUCACAUUUAAAAAAUCCAAACAUUUAGAGAGUUUAGAAAUGCUCCUAAACAUAAUUGAACUAGUAGCUCCAGACUAGAGCUAAUAUAGUCUGCUUGAAUGUUUGAUGUCCCUAAUAGUAUAGUUAUCCUUACAAUACAAAUGGUAAAAGGGACCCAUGUCUGUCCCUGUUCUAUGAGAGACUCACUGUCUUUCUAAUCUAAAUGCUGUAACAGUGACAAGGCAUUCGAUGCGACAGAGAAGGACUGAGGCAAAAUGAAGCCUGAUCGCUUAACUGACUGUGUUCUAAUGAGAACACAACAUGACAUGAGACCGAGGGGGAGAAAUGGAAAGGAGGAAAUGUUCUAUAACAAUACUACAAACAAUGUCCUACAUGGAAAACAAUUAGGCAAUUCAAUACGCUUAAUGUUUCGCCAAAUCGGGGAACUUGGUGAGAUAAUGUUCAUUGAAAGCUUUUUUUGUUGUUGCAGUUUUGUGCACGUCUUUCUAUUCUAAAUACAUGAGUAAUGUACUGUAGUGUGCAUAAUCCCAGCAGAAUCUUAGAAAUUCCUUUUCUCCUACGUGGUUUUACAAGUUUAUCAACUUUCAAAGCAGCAUAAAUUAAUAAACGGUAAAAAAAAACAAGAUCAUCUCACAUGGACGUACGUGUUGAGUAACAUGUGUUGCAAUCAGACUUUAGCCUUUAAUCAAAUACGGUAACAUGGCAAAUAAGCCAUUGAGUCAUUGCCACCAGCUCAAACCGCACCUCCAUAUUACUUCAACACCAGUGCAACAUAUUUGGAUGAAUCCAUUUAACUGUGACCAUGAUAUCUGAGGAAAUCUAUACAAACACAGAUAGAAGACAAUGACUCCAGCACAAUGAACAUCUUGGAUAUUGAUGACGACAUGUAUGUCAAGCCCAGAACAAGACAUGGCUUUCAAUAUUCAGUACAUUUUCAGCGGUGGAAGAGCUCAUUCAGAGGUGCUGCAUUGUGUCUUGGAUUGCUGUGUAUUCUCCUACUGGCUGGGAUCAUAGGCCUGUGUGUCAACUUCACUGGUCAGCAUUACUGUGACGAAAGAGACCAGCUACAAAUCAGUAAUAACAACCUGACUAAAGAGAGAGACCAGCUACAAACCAGUUAUAACAACCUGAUUAAAGUGAGAGACCAGCUACAGACCAGUAAUAACAACCUGGCUAAUGAGAGAGACCGGCUACAGACCAGUAAUAAUAACCUGGCUAAUGAGAGAGACCAGCUACAGAGGGAGACAGAGAAGAUGAACAACAAGAUCAAAGGAAAUUUGGCGUUGAACGGAGUGGCCACUCAGUCAUCACUGUAUGGGAAUCGCGAAGCUUCCGAUGCCAUUGAUGGGAAAAGAAACACACACUAUGGAUCCUGCACCCAUACUCUGAAAGACAGAAACCCGUGGUGGAGAGUGGACCUGCUGAAUGUGUACAGAAUAACAGAGGUCACCCUCACCAACAGAGGAGACUGCUGUCCUGAGAGGCUUGAUGGUGCUGAGAUCCGCAUCGGUAACUCACUGGAGAACAACGGCAUCAACAACCCCAGUUUUGUGAUAUCCAAUUGGUAGUUAAAGCCUUGUCUCAUCGCUGCAACUCCCG